AUGCACGUCGCACAGGAAGCGCCAUUCGUCGCGAUGGUGUUGUCGCUUUCGACGUUCACGUAUGCGUACUCAUUCUCCGGCGUAUCCACAACGGCCGAGACCAAGGAGAACACCGGUUUAACUACAAACGUGGAGAACCGCAUUUGGGGAGGAUCAGAUGCAAACAUUGACAAUUAUCCGUUCCUCGCUAGUCUGCGCGAUUCUUUCUUUGGGGAAACCUUCUGCGCCGGCACGCUCAUUGCUCCCCAGUACAUUCUUACGGCUGCUCACUGCAUUUGGACUAGCGAGGUGGACACUAUCGCCACUUUUGGUACGAACAACAGCACCGGUUCUGACGCAGGUCAAGCCACCUCAAUACCCGUCAUUGAAGGUUUCCGUCACCCUUUGUACAACCGGAAGAAGCAUGUGUACGAUGUGGGCUUGCUUAAACUGGAGAAGCCACUUAAACGCAAAACGGCGAAGCUGUGCGCUGCUGACGGAUCCGACAACAAGGUCGGUACGAUGGGUACCGCUCUAGGAUGGGGUAGAACUGAGAAGAGCGGCGAUGUCGAAAGCGCUAUCCUGCAGCAGGUGACGCUUCCUAUCAUCUCGAACGCAGAGUGUGACAAGUUUAAAAAGUACGUUGGCCGUGUCACGGAGGACAUGAUGUGUGCUGGAACCGGCAACGGCAAGGAUACGUGCAAAGGUGACUCGGGUGGUCCACUUCUCGUGAACGACGACAUCCUCAUUGGAUGCGUGAGCUGGGGAAGUAAAUGCGGUCAGCAGGCUGGUAUAUUCACUCGUCUUACGCACGUGAUGGACUAUAUUGAACACAUUUUGGCUGGUGGAGAUGGCAGCAAGUUCGGCGUGGCGUCGUCCUCCGAUUCUUCGAUGAAGAAAGGAACGCUGGUAUCACCAACGGAUUCGCAGAGGCCGACAUCGAACAUUGAUGAUAUAGCUUCACUUCUCAACGACAGCGGAGCAGCUGGUCUGUCGUGGUUGCUCGAGCUGUUCUUGAGCAGCAGUGGUAGCAACGACCUGUCGUGGUUGUUCAACAGUGGCUCGGGCAGCGAAUCUACCAGUACUGAUCAAACCAAGGGAGGCAAGACCAUCAAGGCUCCGGUUGAGGAUUCUUCUGGAACUGCGUCGGAGGAGAUUGGCGUUUUUGCCACCAAGGGUGCUACCAAAGAGGCACUUGUUGCGGGUGACUCGGAGCCUGGAAGCGACGGUAUCUCGUUGUAGCCACAUAGGAAUUCUGACAGAGGUAGCGAAGACCCCAGAGUUGAAACCCCACGGCUGUCAAGUGCGCUACAAAGGGAGAGGCUACUAAUCGAGCCUUCGGUAGCCAUGCCCUCGGCUUUUUGUUUGCCUGCGAAUUGUAUAGCGGU